AUGAAGGCGACAAACUGGGAUCGGAAAGUUUUCCGCUUACGCAGGAUCCCAGCGUCCAUUUCCACGGCCGACGAGGCUGCGAAGCUGCUAGCGACCGCCUUGCAAAUCGAUCCAAGCGAGGUGGUGAUUGGCUCCAUUGGACGAAUUGAUGAGAUAUCGGAACGAUUCCCCUCCAAAGUCGCGACCUUGCAGCUUAAACAAGUGCCGGCCUGUAUUCGAAGCAAUUCAGCGGACGAGGAAUGGCACUUCCCGGUCCCUGGUCAGCCUACAGCCAGCCCCCUCCUUCUUGACACUCACUUCGGAGGCUGGACGGCUCUCAACACGGUAGAUCCGUCUACACACCACGCUGACGUGAUUGCUCUAUCUGGCCUUGGUAGUCACCCAUUCGGAUCCUGGCAGCCACGCGGAAAUGACAAGACAUUCAUGUGGCUGAGGGAUGCUCUGCCUGCCUCCAUUCCUGGAGUCAGAUCAUUCAUCUACGGUUACGACUCCAAGGUGCUGGCAAGCCAUUCCUUCCAGUCGAUCAGUGACAUUUCCACCAGCUUCAUCUUGGCUCUGAAGAAUGGGGGCUGGAACCUCAACUCGAAGAAACCAAUCAUAUUUAUCGCACAUAGCCUUGGGGGCAUAGUCUUGAAGGAUGCUUGUGUCCAGAUCGCCGAGGCACGCGAGGCGACCACAGCGUGCAUCUUGAACAAUAUUCAGGGCGCCAUUAUGUUUGGAGUUCCUAGUCUUGGAAUGGAGCAGUCGCACCUCUUGGCAAUGGUAGAGGGUCAAGCAAACGAAACAUUGGUUCAGGAUCUCUCGCGAGGAAAUGGAAAUAACUAUCUGCGGCAGUUGAGGGGCCGAUUCGACGGCAUUUGUUUCACCAGACAAGCCCGAAUCGUAUGGGCCUACGAGACUGUAGAGUCCCCCACGAUAAGGCAAAUGCCUGACCAGUCAUGGGACAGGAACGGUCCAAGAGAGGUUUUGGUCAACCCGGAUUCAGCAACAAGUUACUAUAACCGCAAGGACAAGGCUUCAAUUCUCCCAAUCAAUGAGAAUCACUCCAACAUGGUUAAAUUUUCUAGUGGCAACCCAAACUUGGGGUCAAUUCUAGUCCUACUUCGGGAAAUCUGCGCCUCCACCAUGCCGAUGUCAGGUCAUUUCUCAGACGUUGAAGGUUCUGCGCUUGCGGAUCAAGACAGAGACUUCACAAAGAGUUCUGCUGCGUUGGAAGACGCCACCGGAUUCGAUGAUAGGGCCAUCACGGAUGUUGGGAAGCUUCUGUCGGAGGCCCGAAAGAUGCAUGGCCAAUUAUACUCACCGGAGCUGGAUUUCCGAGUCCACCAGAUUGAAGAUCCAUUCCAAUCAACCUUUCAAUGGAUCUUCCAAACCCCAACCUUUUGUGACUGGCUCCAGAAUGACGAUUUCAAGUUGCUUUGGAUACAUGGGAAGCCGGGUUCGGGCAAGUCGACACUGAUGAAGCAUGUGCUUGAAAGCAAGCAGACCUGGGAACUCUUACAUGAUUGGAGAAGACCUAGUGAAAUCGUCUGCAGUUUCUUCCUUCAUUUACGUGGUACAGCCUUGCAAAAAUCAUUCGAAGGAGUGCUCCGGAGUCUUAUUAUACAAAUACUUGCACCCCACCGACUUCUAAUGGAAAAGAAGUUCCAACACAUAUUGCAGAAAUAUCGGAUAUUGACAGACCAUGUCAAAGAAUUGACGAUUCAGAAAGAACAGAAGCAAGUAUUUUUAACAGAAACUAACAAAUCAAUCGUAGAAUUGAAGACGGAGUUGAUUUUGUCUCAAGCGGAGAAAACUUCGAGAGGAUUUUCCGAAAAUGACGAAAAAAUACAACUUAAUCAGAGCCUUUUGGAAAUCCACGAAGAAUCUCGGAAGGAGGCUGAAUUUGAAUUAAAGAGCUUUGCGGAAUCAUCAAGUAAUACUCUCUCCAACUUACAAUAUAUUCUUAGGAUCGCAAAACGCCUUCAAUAUAGUCAAGAAAGAAUCCUUCUGUCCAAUGUGAUCGAAGAGUUUAAAGAGCAUCACGAAGGAUCAAUACACCGACUAGAGAGAGUCCUUCGGUUCCUUGUCGAUCAGGACAUAAUACAGAUGGACUUGACGCUGUUCUUCGAUGCACUUGAUGAAUUCGAUGGCCAUAUCAAUCUCAUCAGCCGGUUUAUAAGAUCUCUGGUGGAUGGAUCUAAAAGUUCAGCGACUAGAAUCAAGGUCUGCUUCUCAAGUCGACCGUGGGAAUCCUUACAGAGGGAUUUCGUGGGGUUUCCUUCGAUUAGCUUACAGGAACAUACCGCAACAGACAUUGAGAAUUAUACCAUUGGUUCUCUGAUUGCGUCGAGUGCAGCUGACCCUUUGGUACUGGAUCUUGUUCCCACGAUCGUUGACAAAGCAAAUGGGGUGUUCCUGUGGGUUAAGCUCACCAUACGAGAGAUACUCCGGACAGCAUCAGUGUAUCAAAAUCAGCCCAGGAGGCUGCGAGAGGAGCUACACAAAGCCCUCUCGCAAGUUCCCUCGGAUCUUCAGGACUACUAUGAGUUGAUAAUAUCUCGCAUAAGUAUAUCUGUUCGUCGGUAUACCUUCGCGCUUCUUGAACUGCUCAUCCGCCCAAGUAUUGGACCACCGAUGACAGCGAAAGAACUGAGAGAUGCGGUAAUUGUAUCUCAUUGCUCAACACCAAUGGAUGUUUCUCGUGAGCUUUCCAAAAUUAAAAAAGCUUCCAAUACAUUUUUCGAGAGAGAGCAGGUUAAAAACGACAUUAACAUCUGGAGCGGAGGACUCGUCGAGAUUGUGAGCGGAGAAGACCAAGACCUUCCGCAGUUGAUGCAUCAAACAGUGGCGGAGUUUACAAUGGCUUUGGCAUUUAAACAAAUUGUGCUUGGUGGCCUGUCCACUUUCAUCAAUGACAACGGGCAUUCUUUCCGUGUGAAGUACUGGAUCUCUUCGACUCUUGUUGAUGAAUCUAGAAGAGCAGAAUUGCAGCAGCUGGUUGCUCACCAUGCACAGCUCUCUGAGCACACCACUGGACAUAGCCAGAUAAAGUUCAUCCAAGAGCUUCCCUCAACGCCAUUUUACAAAUCUCUCAGUCAGCAGAUUCAGUAUGACGAUCCGUCCGCCACUAUCGUCGCAUUUAUGGCUUCGAGUGGCCUUGCUCUGUGUCUCCGUGAUUGGGUUUCAGAGCACCAGGGUGACCUAUCAAGACUGUCAAGGGGAUACUUGAAUAAUUUUCUGUUGAGGAACCACUUUUUAUCUUCGCCAUCUGUCCCUUUUGACAAUAGAUUACCCAUACUUCGGUUACUGCUCGAAAACGGCUUCGACAUCAAGCGAGAACUCUUCUUUUUUGAGAAAACUCUUUUCAAUGCUUGGGAUAGGGAAGCCGUCGAGGCAAUUGAGUCACAUGAGUCCAGCAGUGCGCUCCAUGAAGGCAAAGCAGACCUGCUAUACCAUAACUUUGCUGCCGAGUUUCUCAAACACAAGCAGGACCCGAAUGUUGUUCUGGACGUAUGGUGGGCGGGCACCGCUGGCAUCCAGGUUUCUCCACUUCACAUUGCGAGCCCAUCUAUCGCAGAAAUGUGCAUUCAAUGCGGCGCUGAGACAAAUGCCUGCGAUUCAGCAGGGCGCACUCCGCUGGAUUGGUUUCUUCAGUACCCGGAUGAGGUUGCCAAGCAUAAGCCACCCAUUGAAGAUAGAUACAAGAUGUGCCUUCUUCUAAUCCAAGCUGGAGGGCUGGCUUCCCGCUGGGAUGAGACAAUGUGGUUGAACGCCCUGCUUGAAUUUGAGGCGGAGGGUUUUGAUACCACAGCACUGCGAGAGCAUUUUGAAACUCAGAAGAAGAAGAACACUGGGCUUUUUGCAAGUAUUUUUAAGUUGGGCUGGGUUAAAUAG